AUGUCGGCUUCGCAGUCCCUCUCCAGUAGCGUCCGACAGCGCGCCGCUGGCGCUUACCACUACGCCCAGCGCUCUCUCGACCUUGUUGUCGAGCCCGAGACGCGGCUCCGGGCCUAUGACGCCUCGUACGCCAUGGCUUCUACGCGGCCCUUGAUUUUUUCUGCCGCUGCCACCCUCGUCUGCUUCUCCGCGCUGCCCAUGCUGCUCUUUGCCCUCUUUGCCGUCUCCGUCGCCGCCAUGGCUGUCGGCGGCACCAUUUCAUUUGCACUCUUUUGGCUCGCCCUCGGCGUGCUCGUCCUCGUGCCCACCCUCGGUGUCUCGGCCCUGCUCGCACUCCUCGUCUGGGCUUGGGCGGCGGGCAGCUUCGUCGUCGGGCGCGCCGCGUACCGCGCCGUCGUUGCGUGGGAGGCGGGACGCGCACAACAGCAGCAGCAGCAGCAGCAGCAAAAGGAUGGAAAGGCGCAGAAGCAGAUCAAGCAGCAGCAACAGCCGCCGCCGGUACCGCAGAGUCGCCCAGAGAAGAAGGCGGCGAAUGGGCAUGGAAAUGGGCACGAAGCUCCUGCGACUGUCGUAGUCGCAUAG